UUUUUUUCUCCUAAACAUUACAAAAUAAACAAAAAUUUAACAAAAAACUAUCCCCCUCUCCGUCCAUCUUUGUCCACCUGUUUCAGCCUAAACAAAAUUUUUCCUUCCACUUUUCGGCCAUCUUUUUUUGUGUCCAUUAUAUACAUGUUUAUAGCGCAUGGAUGCGCUCUCUGUCCUCUUCACCUUCCCUCUCUUCCUUUGUGUAAAAAAAUUUUUUUUUGUUGCAUUCAAAAAAUAUUCACUUUUUUCUCUUAAAAAUCCUCUUCAUCCUUUUUUCCUCCUUUUUUAUCCUUUUCCAUUUGAAUGGACAAACAUCCGCAUUUUCUCUCCUUUUUUUAAACAAAAGUGCAGUCCUCCAACCAUUAGGCAAUUUUUAGAUGGACACCGGCUGACUGCUGUGUAA